CCCCUCAGCCCGUGGCUCACUUCUCCAGCCCAAACAGGGCCUUGCCCAGCACUUGCAGGGUUGACAUCUCUGGCCAGGAGUCAAAGCUCCUGUGUUCUGUUCGAGGUGAGUGCCUCCUCAGUUUCCCCUCAGGAGGAGCAAACCUUGCAGUGGGACUGUCAGUGCCCAUCUUAAUGCCAGUCUGUCUCUCUGUCGUCUCUCUGUCCUAGGGCUCCCGGGGCCGGCUGCGGGGUGGCUUGGGCUGGGAGUCCAGCCUCCGCCAGCGGCCCAUGCCGCGCCUCACCUUCCAGGCGGGGGACCCCUACUACAUCAGCAAGCGCAAGCGGGACGAGUGGCUGGCACGCUGGAAAAGGGAGGCUGAGAAGAAAGCCAAGGUGAUUGCAGUAAUGAAUACUGUGGAGGAAAACCAGGGGUCUGGCGAGUCUCAGAAGGUGGAGGAGGCCAGCCCUCCUGCAGUGCAGCAGCCCACCGACCCUGCAUCCCCCACCGUGGCCACCACACCUGAGCCCGUGGGGGCGGACGCUGGGGACAAGAACACCACCAAAGCAGCCGACGAUGAGCCGGAGUACGAGGACGGCCGGGGCUUUGGCAUUGGGGAGCUGGUGUGGGGGAAACUUCGGGGCUUCUCCUGGUGGCCAGGCCGCAUUGUGUCUUGGUGGAUGACGGGCCGGAGCCGAGCAGCUGAAGGCACCCGCUGGGUCAUGUGGUUUGGAGACGGCAAGUUCUCGGUGGUGUGCGUUGAGAAGCUGAUGCCGCUGAGCUCCUUCUGCAGUGCUUUCCACCAGGCCACCUACAACAAGCAGCCCAUGUACCGCAAAGCCAUCUACGAAGUCCUGCAGGUGGCCAGUAGUCGCGCGGGGAAGCUGUUCCCAGCAUGCCAUGACAGCGACGAGAGCGACACAGCCAAGGCCGUGGAGGUGCAGAACAAACAGAUGAUCGAGUGGGCUCUCGGAGGGUUCCAGCCCUCUGGCCCCAAGGGCCUGGAGCCACCCGAAGAAGAGAAGAACCCCUACAAAGAAGUUUACACAGACAUGUGGGUCGAACCCGAGGCAGCUGCCUAUGCACCACCCCCACCCGCCAAAAAGCCCCGAAAGAGCACAACGGAGAAGCCUAAGGUCAAGGAGAUAAUUGACGAACGCACAAGAGAGCGGCUGGUGUACGAGGUGCGGCAGAAGUGCCGGAACAUCGAGGACAUUUGCAUCUCUUGUGGGAGCCUCAACGUCACCCUGGAACACCCUCUCUUCAUCGGAGGAAUGUGCCAAAACUGUAAGAAUUGCUUCCUGGAGUGUGCGUACCAGUACGAUGAUGAUGGCUACCAGUCGUACUGCACCAUCUGCUGUGGGGGGCGCGAGGUGCUCAUGUGCGGGAACAACAACUGUUGCAGGUGCUUCUGUGUGGAGUGUGUGGACCUCUUGGUGGGGCCAGGGGCUGCCCAGGCAGCCAUCAAGGAGGACCCCUGGAACUGCUACAUGUGUGGGCACAAGGGCACCUACGGGCUGCUGCGGCGGCGGGACGACUGGCCCUCGCGGCUCCAGAUGUUCUUCGCCAAUAACCACGACCAGGAAUUUGACCCUCCGAAGGUGUACCCACCUGUCCCAGCCGAGAAGAGGAAGCCCAUCCGGGUGCUGUCUCUAUUUGACGGAAUUGCUACAGGGCUUCUGGUGCUGAAGGACUUGGGAAUUCAGGUGGACCGCUACAUCGCCUCAGAGGUGUGUGAGGACUCCAUCACGGUGGGCAUGGUGCGGCACCAGGGGAAGAUCAUGUACGUCGGGGACGUCCGCAGCGUCACGCAGAAGCAUAUCCAGGAGUGGGGCCCGUUCGAUCUGGUGAUUGGGGGCAGUCCUUGCAAUGAUCUCUCCAUCGUCAACCCUGCCCGUAAAGGACUCUACGAGGGCACUGGCCGGCUCUUCUUUGAGUUCUACCGCCUCCUGCAUGAUGCGCGGCCCAAGGAGGGAGAUGACCGCCCCUUCUUCUGGCUCUUUGAGAAUGUGGUGGCCAUGGGCGUUAGUGACAAGAGGGACAUCUCGCGAUUUCUCGAGUCCAACCCUGUGAUGAUUGAUGCCAAAGAAGUGUCAGCUGCACACAGGGCCCGCUACUUCUGGGGGAACCUUCCUGGUAUGAACAGGCCGUUGGCAUCCACUGUGAAUGAUAAGCUGGAGCUGCAGGAGUGUCUGGAGCAUGGCAGAAUAGCCAAGUUCAGCAAAGUGCGGACCAUUACUACUAGGUCGAACUCCAUAAAGCAAGGCAAAGACCAGCAUUUCCCUGUCUUCAUGAAUGAGAAAGAGGACAUCUUAUGGUGCACUGAAAUGGAAAGGGUGUUUGGCUUCCCUGUCCACUAUACCGACGUCUCCAACAUGAGCCGCUUGGCGAGGCAGAGACUGCUGGGCCGGUCGUGGAGCGUGCCGGUCAUCCGCCACCUCUUCGCUCCGCUGAAGGAAUAUUUUGCUUGUGUGUAAGGGACAUGAGGGCAAACUGAGGUAGUGACACAAAGUUAAACAAACAAAAAACACAAAACACAAAACACCAACAACAUGAGGAUCGAGAGGAGUAUCAGCACCCAGAAGAGAAAAAGGAAUUUAAAACAGAAACCACAGAGUCGGAAGUACCGGAGGCUUUGCCUUGCACAAAGGGUUGGA